AUGAAACCACCUUUUUUUUUACUUUCGGCCAGCUUAGAUAUUUUAGACCAAGUGGCACUUAAUGACAAAAAUCCACCCAUUAGUUCCAACGAAGAGCAAAAAGAAAAAAAAAAAAAAAUGAAUAAAGAAUCGUUCAGCGUUAUUCUAGUUCAUGGAUCUGGCCAUGGAGCUUGGUGUUGGCAUAAGGUGGUGGAUGAGCUUCAAUCUAUGGGAUAUAAUUCAGUGACGGCUAUAGAUCUCGCUGCUUCUGGAGAUGAUCCGAGAAGAAUUCCUGAAGAUGUUCGGACCUUUGAGGAUUACAACAGGCCGUUAAUGGAGUUUAUGUCUACAGUUCCAGAUGGGGAGAAAGUGAUUCUGGUCGGACAUAGCUUCGGGGGCAUCUGUUUGGCUUUCGCCAUGGAUGCCUUUCCUGACAAGAUCGCUGCUGCUGUCUUCCUCACUGCAUUUUUGCCUGAUACUCUUCAUGAUCCUUCUUAUCUUGUCGAGCAGCAAUUACAAAAACUUUCGAAUCGAAAGCUACAGAUCCAGUUCCAGUCUGUAAUUGUUCCCGGAAAAUCAGAACCGUUGAUCACGUUCUGUUUCGACUCCAAAGCUCUCGCCACCUUCCUCUAUCAAAACUGCUCCUCUGAGGAUUUGACGAUGGCAAGUAUGAAGCAGAGAACUACAUCAUACUUCCUAGAAGAUCUGAGAAAGAUGCCACCAUUCACAAAAGAAGGCUAUGGAUCUGUCGAUAAGAUAUUUAUCAUCUGCGCUGAAGAUGCAGCAAUGAAUGAAGAAGAUCAGCGUUGGAUGAUUCAAGAGAAUGGCGAUGUUAAAGAGACAAUGGAGAUCAAAGGAGCUGAUCAUAUGGCUAUGUUCUCUAAGCCACAUGAACUCAGCCAAUGCCUCAUAAGCAUCGUUGAUAAGUAUUCCCCAAAUUAAUGUAAUGAAGAUUUCAUGCAAAUAUGUGUGGUGUGACAAGAAACUAAAAUAAAUUUAUAUAUGUUGUUUAAAGUUUGGGAGUCAGCUUUCUGAAAUUAAAAUAUGAAAAUAUUACGUUGGUAAAAUGUGCAGACUACGGCGUGGAUUGCACUGUGUUGCCCAUCAUGUUAGUACUCGCAUCUGAACGACGGACGUAAUAUUUUUUUUUU